AUGCGGCUCGAAGUUCCUUUGGAUUACGAUAAUCUCGCAGCCGGAUACACAGCCCUUGCCUUCAUAAAGAAAGGUUCACGCAUCCCACAGGAGCAUGCACCGGGGACGAUAGCCAUUCUUGGGGGUCCUGGAAGGUCUGGUAUCGAAGACUAUAUUUCAGGGCGGAUGCCAUCCCGUCAUGUCCUGGGCAGGAAACACGAUAUCAUCGCGUUCGAUCCAAGAGGCGUCGGACACAGCGGACCGAAUCUGGACUGCUUCGGCGGCGAUCUUACUGCUUCCUACCAAGCCGCAAGCGGAGAGUAUUCGUUCUCGUCGUCAUCGCGGAAGAGAAUUGUCGAAAAAGCGGGUGCUUGGGGUGAUUUGUGUAAGAAGAAUCUAAACGACUCAGCGCGUUAUAUUGGCACACCUGCUGUCGCACGGGACAUAUCGCUUUACUUCGAGCGGCAAGCAAAUAAAAGUACCGCCAUCAGUUCCGACGUCAACUUCUACGGAGCGGGUUAUGGUGCUAUUUUGGGUGCUACAGUAGCUUCAAUGUACCCUCACCGCGUCGGUAGAAUUGUCCUGGACAGCCCUAUGACCCCAGAAGCUUAUUACGAGGACGUACAGAGGUUUGCCUCUAAGGACCAGAAUGAGGCAGUUCGGCAAUUCUUCAUUCAAUGCUCCGAAGCUGGUCCAGAAGUGUGUGGCUUUUGGGGCGCUACGCCUGAGGAUAUCGAGGGACGUUACCACAGGCUACUGGAAAAAUUGGAAGAUCACCCACUGCAGAUUCCAUUUGUCCGGGCCCCCGUGGAUAGCCCUGUGCAGAUCACUGCCGACUCAGUCCGCGCGCGAAUGCUAACAGCAGCGUAC